AUGGCAUGUUCGUUAUCCAUGUUUGGAACAACGGUUGGUCUUUAUGGGAUACCCUGGUGUAAGAAAUCCCUGCUGUUAACUGUCUUGAUGUCAGUUAUUGGAGCUUCCAUGGGAAUUCUAGACACAGGUGGCAACGUACUGGCACUGAAUACCUGGGGGGCAGAGGCUGGGCCACAUAUGCAGGCCUUACACUUCAGUUUUGCUGUCGGUGCGUUUGUAGCUCCAAUCCUGGCUAAAAUGGCCCUGGGAGGCUCCGAAUCUAAAGACCUUCCAGUAGCUGAAAAGACAAACCAGUCUGUCCCGCGGUCUGUGCCGACAGCACCGGCUGCAUCAGCUGCGUCAGCACUGAAACACCAUCUUGGUGCGGAUUUUCUGUGGUCCUAUGUUGUCAUAGGGACCUAUCUUCUGCUUGUUUCUCUCUUCUUUUUUAUUUUGUAUUCAAAGGGCAGCUCGGCUCGAGACAAAUCAAAGGCUUCUUUGCAGAAACGCAUGUUUGCCAAAUACCACUAUGCCCUUAUUAUUCUCCUGUUCAUAUUCUUCUUCUGCUACGUGGGGGCGGAGGUCACUUACGGCUCUUACAUAUUUACUUACGCAAAGGUCUUUGCCGAGAUGAAAGAAAACGAAGCAGCCGCUUUGAAUUCCGUCUUCUGGGGUGCGUUUGCCGCUUGCAGAGGCGUGGCAAUAUUCUGUGCUGCUUGCUUGUACCCUGGCACCAUGAUCCUGCUGAGUAUCGUAGGCUCUGCUGUCUCCUCGUCGUGCUUGGCCUUCUUUGCGAGGUACCCAGCCUCGCUGUGGGUUGGAACCGCUGUGUAUGGAGCGUCAAUGGCCACCAUCUUUCCCAGCGGCAUUUCCUGGAUAGAACAGUACACGGUCGUGCAAGGAAAAUCGGCUUGUCUGUUCGUGAUCGGCUCCGCGCGGGGGGAGAGGGGCAUUCCCGGCGUCCACGUUCCUGUGGUUAUGUACACUGCCCUGGUGACUUCGGCAAUGACAGUUCUUUUCUUCCCUCUGAUGUACAAAUUGGCCAACUCUCCCGGUGAGAGCCACUUGAAAGAAAUGAGCGAGAGCGAGGACCGGAAAGCUUUGUUGUCAAACUCGGGGCUUAAUGAGGAUGAAGAGGAGGAGGAGGAGGAGGAGGAUGCGGGAGAGUGGAACGAAGCAGACUUUGAGGUAAUAGAGAUGAACGACACGCUGAGAAACUCUGUGAUAGAGACCUCCCGUAAGAUACCCGGGGACUCUCCAGCCAAAGUCUCUCUCCAGCCCCAUCUGGACGAGGUGUUGCGCGAUUCUCCAGUGGUCGCUGGUGGCUCCCCUGGGAGAAAAAAUGUGAAUGUUGACCGGGAGAAGAAUGAUUGAAGUAAAAGCUGACUCUUUUUUUUAAAGGGAAAUGCAAUCGAAUUGUAGCUGUUCUUGUAAAGUGGUUCGAGAAGCCUUUUAUAGUGGCGCAGAGCUCAGCGUGUU